AUGCCACUGGAGGGGCGACAGGAUCUCAUGAAGCUCCUGCGUUCCGGGGAGGUGGACGAGGAAGAUCUCUUGGAGUGCCUUCGAGAUGACGUCAGAGGGCGCGACCCCUUGGAGGACAAAGGAGAUCAUGCUGCACACCAGAAGGACAAGGACUGGUGGACGCCUUUGCACUGGGCGGCCCAGGAUGGCCACGAGCGCUUGGUCGAGAAGCUCCUCGGCCUCCGUGUCAGCACCAACGCAGCCGACAUCUGCGGAGCCACGCCUCUGAUGAUCGCUGCCUUCAAUGGGCGGACGCGGAUUAUCGAGGCUUUGCUUCGUGAUCGGUCCACUGAUGUGCGGCAGACCAACAAGUACCUUGGCACUGCGCUCCACUACGCUGCGCAACGUGGUCACGCUGCCGCCGUGGAGCUUCUCAUCGACGCCCGGGCCGAGGUCAAUGCUUUGGACCGCCACAGCGACAGCCCCCUGAGCUGGGCAGCACGUAGUGGCCACCUGGAUGCGGCCAGGGGCUCAAGCUGCAAUGGUUGGGGCUGA